GUCAUGACAACAGACGAGGCCGAGAGUCACCAGAAGAAGCCAGGGCAGCAGGAGGAAGCCAGCCAGGACGCCGGGCCGCCCUCGCCGGAGGAGGAGCAGCUCCGUCCUCGCAACCGCAACUCUGCCGGCCGCGGCCUUUCCCGCCUCUUCUCCUCCUUCCUGAAAAGGCGCUCACAGUGUGAGAGUGAGGGAGGAGGGAAGGAGGACAAGGAAGAAGAAGAAGAAGAAGCUAAAGCCCCGAUCGCAGAUCCUGAACCUGAACUGAGGACAGAGGGAGAGGUCGCCCUGGAUCAGCACUCAGUAAGCAGUGCUGAGGCUGAGGCUGUCCAGAUAGACAAGAAAGAAGCUGAGGAGGAGGGUGGAAAGGCCGAAGAAGACAAGAAGGAGAAAGGAGAGGAGGCUGCCCUGGAGAAGGAGGAGGACAAGGAGAAGGAGGAGGAGAGGGAAUCUGCUCCUGAAGGAGGCAGUAAGGGAGAGAAGGAGGAGAAGACGACAGAGGAAGAGGCCAAAGCUCCUAGAGCUCCACGCCGACCCAAGACCAUGCAGAUCAAAGUCACCCUGCUAGACGACACUCUGUAUGAGUGUGAGCUGGAUAAACAUGCCACAGGCCAGGAGCUGUUCAUGAAGGUGUGUGACCACCUCAACUUGCUGGAGAAAGACUACUACGGCCUGGCCAUCUGGGAGACACCUACCAUGAAGACUUGGAUGGACCUGACCAAGGAGAUCCGCAGGCAGGUACAAGGUGCCAACUACAGUUUCACUUUCAAUGUGAAAUUCUACCCACCGGACCCAGCCCAGCUGUCUGAAGACAUAACAAGGUACUACCUGUGUCUCCAGCUGCGGAAGGACAUCCUGCAGGGCCGCCUUCCCUGUUCCUUUGUAACUCUGGCCCUGCUGGGUUCCUACGCCCUGCAGUCAGAGCUGGGCGAAUAUGACCCUGAGGUGCACAGCAAUGACUACGCUAAGGAUAUGAAAAUGGCCCAGGGUCAGACCAAGGAGCUGGAGGACAAAAUGAUGGAGCUGCACCAUACAUACAGGUCCAUGAGUCCAGCCCAGGCAGACCUGAUGUUCCUGGAAAAUGCCAAGAAACUUUCCAUGUAUGGAGUGGACCUCCACCAGGCCAAGGAUCUAGAUGGUGUUGACAUCAUGCUGGGGGUUUGUGCCAGUGGUCUGAUGGUUUACAAAGACAAACUGAGGAUCAACCGUUUCCCUUGGCCCAAAGUCCUCAAGGUCUCAUACAAACGCAGCAGCUUCUUCAUCAAAAUAAGACCAUCUGAGGUGGAGCAGUAUGAGAGUGCAAUUGGCUUCAAACUACCCAAUUACAAGGCAGCCAAGAAGCUGUGGAAAGUGUGUGUAGAACAUCACACCUUCUUUAGGCUGACCUCCACUGAGAUGGCCACCACUCCAAGGAAGUUCCUAGCACUGGGCUCCAAGUUUCGCUACAGUGGUCGGACUCAGGCUCAGACCAGACAGGCGAGCUCCCUGAUCGACAGACCAGCUCCUCUGUUCCAGCGCUCCUCCAGCAAGAGGAACUCACGCAGCCUGGAUGGAGCCAUGGCAUCCACUCCUGACAAUAAAUCCACUCGUCCAGUCAGCGCCCCUGUAAUGUCACCAGUGUCUCCAGGGGAAGCAACCCCGUCACCGCUGCUACCCACUCUGCCUCGCUCUGACCAUCAUGAUGGCUGCACACCUAAAGGUCAUCGCUCUGCAGACAGGAAGGCAGAGGUAAAGAGGGAAAGUCAGCCAGCUGGGUACACCAAGAGCCACAGUCCGAGACCUGAGUCGACUCCUGAAAUCAAGACAGUGGCAAGGAGAGAGCGGAGGCGCUCCCCCUCUGUGACCACCGGCAGUGGGGAAAGAGAAAGAGAGAAAAAGAGCCAGAAAAGAGCUAAGAAACUUGAGGGUGAAACUAUUUAUAUCAGGCAUAGCAAUUUAAUGUUGGAGGACCUGGAUAAGACCCAAACUGAGAUCAUGCGUCACCACACUAGCAUCAGUGAGCUGAAGAGAAGUUUCAUGGAGUCUGUACCGGAGCCUCGGCCCAGUGAGUGGGACAAGCGUCUUUCCACCAAUUCACCUUUUCGUACAGCAAGCAUCAAUGGCCAGCUCCAACCAGCGUCUCCGGUGCUAAAGACCCAGACAAUCACCAUCUCAGAUGUCACCAACUCCCUGAGAGGAACUGUGACCUACAAGGACAUGCCCCUAGUUCACACUGAGACCAAGACCAUUACAUACGAAUCAGCACAGGUGUCUCUCCCACAGCCGGUGGACAACCUGGCAGAGAGGGACUCAGGAGUGCUGCUGAGUGCCCAAACCAUCACCUCUGAGACCAUCAGCACCACCACAACCACCCAGAUCACCAAGACGGUGAAAGGAGGGAUCUCUGAGACUCGCAUUGAGAAGAGAAUCGUCAUCACUGGAGACACUGAAAUUGAUCAUGACAAGGCUUUGGCCCAGGCCAUUAAAGAAGCAAAAGAGCAGCACCCAGAUAUGUCUGUUACCAAAGUGGUUGUACACCAGGAAACAGAGAUCAGCCCAGAGUAAGAUAGACUGCGCUUUUGGAAGACCUCUCGACUGCCCACACUUCUCCCUCCUUACUUGUGUCCCCAUCACACCAUUUUACCUCAGCACCCCCAGCCAUUACACCCAAAUGCACUGCCUUUUCGACGUGAACCACCAGACCACAUCAGAGGGAACAAGCGUCAACACUGAACUAAGAACUUUAACCUCCAUGAGUAUGGAGUUCAGCAUGAAGGAGACAGAGUCACCAGAAAAUUCCCAAGAACCCUCCCAGUAUUCCCCACAAUCCCCCUCUUGUUCCACGUACUGCCAAAAGAUCAACCGCUGGACUGAUGAAAAUGAAAAUAUUUUUUAAAAAGACAAAAUGAAAAUAAAGUACAGCAUUUGUGGAUUAUUCCUCUCCACUUUGUCUGGAGUUUUUAGAAAAUUUUCAAGGGCAUUUGGUCUUUUAAUCUUGAGAUUACUGGUACUUUAUUUUUCUACAGUUUUUCUUACCAUCAGAAUUGGUUAUCAGUACCUUGGAGGUCAAGUGUUUUUUUAACAAUGUGUUCCAAAAAGCAUUAACAAAAGGGAUUGUGGGUGAUUUUUCUUGGGAUUGUACACACUGGGAGUUGAGGAUCCCUAUCAAAUUUUACCACGAGUUUGGUCUCAUUUCUUGUACAGUAAAUAUUUUAUUUUCCCUCUCAAUGUGAAAAAAUAUUUUUUCAAUUCAUGUAUAAAAAAAGAUUGAUUUUACCAAAAGGGGGUACAAUCACUCCUUUCACCUUAUUUAAAGUUCUGACUUAAUCAUUUGUUGAGUGAUUUUUACAUCUUUUGAUUGUUUUAGUUGUUCUUGUUCUUAUUGUUGUUAUAGUGCUUGUGUCACUAGAACAGGGCUUUAUUAGGACCAAGGAGACAGCAGUCUAAUGAAAUGAUCUUUUCUUUAUUUAUUCCCACCUCUGUCUUCUUUUUGUGUGUUUUGCAUUUUAGAUAUACUCAGCACGGUUGUAUGUAUGAUUUUGUAUUGAGAUCAUUCCAGUCAGCAGAUCCAGUUGCAGUUAUUUCUACUAUUUCAUAACAGCAUCUACAGUAUUUCUGCAUAUGUUUCACUUUCUGCUUUUCUACUAAAUGGGCAGUGUGCACUCACCCAGAGUGAGGGAAUUCAAAUGGCAGUGAAUUCAAACAUGAGAAAGAUUAACUAGUUAAAAUUAAGACUCUGUUUGGUUGGUACUUAAGUAGUUGAAAAGAUAAGCACAGGAUGAUAGUUAACACACACUAAAAUACAUAAAUACUGAAUUCUGAAACAUAUACCUGUCCAUGUAUGUUACCAUCAAAGGGUUAUCAGAUGAACAGCACAUGUUGUUUAUUUCUUUCUGUUUACAUAGUUGAUUGCUUUUGAUUGGAUGGCACUGAUGUUUCUUAGCACACUGUGUAGGAAAUUCUAAAAUCUAUAAUCCUGAAUUUACAGUGGUGCUGCCUGAUUUAGUGCAUCACUUAAAACCAUGAGUUAGAACAACCUGAUCAAAGCAGCAAAGGAAUUACCAACACCAUGAAAACAUGACCAGUAGCUGUAAACUUAAAUUAUUCUUUAACAGUCUGUCUUGAUCCCAUCCAUCCAUUUUCAAUCAAAUUGUACCAUGAACAGGAAUUAGCUGAGGACUAAAAGUUUUCACUUCACACCAGUCUCUUCCACACUGAGUGUAGAUGUCAUCAGUUAAACCUGCUGUUUAUUUAUUCACCCAAGUACAUUGCUUUAUGAUAGGAAGUGUAACACAAGUCAUGAUGUCAGUACAAACAGCAGCAUAGCUAGUGAUAAUUGGAAAAAAAAUAUAUUUUGGGUGAAAAAAAUAAAAUAAAUUACUGAUAAAAUAACUAAUGAAAUAUAAUUGUCAGUGCUAAAACAGAAACACACUCCUUUUUUUGUGGUGCCAGUAAGAUCCCUUGCAGCUACCACAUGUUCUUCAGAAAUUAACACUAUUAUAUAAACUGGAGUGGGUUAGUCAUAGUUAGCCAAGCAUAGUAUUUGAAACCAGUUAAGAAAGCGAAUGACAUAUAUAAGACAUUACAAUCUGCAUAAAAAUGUACAUCACAAUGCAGAGGGGCAGAUGUGAUAUCAUUUUGGUCCACAGUGAAUAGAAGAAGACCCAGAAUAGACCCUUGUGGGUCCCCUGUACUAACUUUAAGAGCACCUGUACAUCUUGAGUUUCUCUUGAGAAGUUGUUAAAAACCGUUCAAUGGACUAAACAUCUGAACCUAAAAAGGAUAAUUUUCUUCAGUUGAAUAUGAUUAGUCAGCAGUGUCAAAUGUUUUCAAUAGACUUUAUAAUCGCUCUUUUAUAAUUGAUUUGAUAAUCUCCAACCUAUUACCUUAAUCUGAAAACUGGCGUAAUGCAUGCAUGCAAACGCACUGUAAUACUACAGUGUUAAUAUUGCAUAAAACCAGAAGGCCAAAGUAAACCUCCUGCUUAGUACACACUGCCCAUUCAAAUCAGACACAUAAUUAGUAUGGCACAUGUUAUUUAUAUUUUGUCAAUUUUUAAACACGAUGCUUUUAUAGAACACAAUAUUCUGUACAGUCUUCUCAACAUGUUGUAGUUCUUUUACUGUGCUGUCAUCUUCAUCAUUGCACUCCCUUUUCUCACUGGAAACAAGCAAGCCAACAUUUACAAGUUUUUUCUUAAAUGUGAACCCUCACUUUACCAUCACAGGAAGACAUGUAAUAAAAGAGCACCACGCACAAAAUAAAAACAGAUGUAGACAUUGUA